UCCCUCAACGAGCUCUUAAUAAUUGAUAAGGUCUACUACACAUGACACUCCCUCCACUUACUACUUUUACUAUAAAACCCAAAGGAGACCAAAUCUCUCUGCGAACAUGAAUUUGGUCUUCUUUGCUUAGUUUCUUUCUCACGUAACAUUAAUUAUUUGUUCUCUCGUCUACCAAAAUUUAUGGACUAUGAUCCCAACACCAACCCAUUUGAUCUUCAUUUCUCCGGUAAACUUCCGAAAAAGGAAGUCUCGGAUUCGAGUUCUGCAGAUGUGAAGCCAAAAUGGUUAGUGAAAGACGACGAGGUUAGUUUGUUACAAGAAGAGUUAAACCGGGUUAAUUCGGAGAACAAGAAGCUAACAGAAACGCUAGCCAGAGUCUGUGAGAAGUACUAUGCUUUACAGGAUCUUUUAAAGGAGUUGCAGAGUCCUGAACAUGUGAAGUUUCAGAACCAAAAGUUAACAAAGAAACGAAAACAAGACCUGGAUGACUUUGUAAGCUCCCCUGUUGGACUCAGUUGCGGCCCAACAAUCGAGAAAAUCACCAGCGAAAAAGCAACGGUUUCAACCGCUUACUUCCAUACCGAGAAGUCUGACACUAGCUUGACUGUGAAAGAUGGAUAUCAAUGGAGGAAAUAUGGGCAAAAGAUUACUAGAGAUAAUCCAUCUCCUAGAGCUUACUUUAGAUGUUCGUUUUCACCGUCUUGUCUGGUCAAGAAGAAGGUGCAACGGAGUGCAGAAGAUCCAUCUUUCGUGGUAGCCACUUACGAAGGGACACAUAAUCACCCAGGCCAACACGCAAGUGUGUCUAGGACAGUGAAGCUUGAUCUAGUUCAAGGUGUUCUUGAACCAGUUGAGGAAAAGAAAGAGAGAGGAACGAUUCAAGAGGUCCUGGUGCAACAAAUGGCUUCUUCUUUGACCAAAGAUCCUAAGUUCACUGCAGCUCUUGCGGCUGCUAUAUCAGGGAGAUUUAUAGAGCAAUCAAGAACAUGAAAGUUCUGUAGAAUAUAUGAUUUUGUUUUUUCUAUUUUAUUGCUCAUCCCAGUUAAAGGGUAUUGGGGUGAUAUUGAUUAGGAGAUAAAGACGUCAAGUCUAGUGUGUAUAUUUACAUCAAAUCAAAGUAUCCAAAAAGACCAAAAUGAUACACUGAUUUUCAGACGGGAAAGAAUCAAGGACAAGUCAAUAAGUCAUGAUUACGUGAGUGUUCCGAGAGUAUUGAUGCUAAAGAAGGGACAGGAAGGAGUGUUUGCGAUGUUCCUAAGAGGUAAGUUGUGUUUGCAGACUUGUGGAGGUUGAUCAGAAGUCAAGUGUGGAGAUUGUAAACUUAGUUGGCUCUGAUUCAACUCAACUUGGGCUCUGGAUCAAUCGAAGUUGGGUAUGGUGAUCGCCAAUCUGGUUGAAGUCCGAGAUAAGAAAGAGAUAGAAGUUACGUGACUUCGAAAAGAGAAACCUAUGAGCUGGAUUAAACUGAGCCUAGUCCACAUUCUAUAUUUCUAUAAUUCUAUUGAUCUCCUUUCUUCUUGUAAUCUUGUUUAGACGACGCCAUUGCCCACUGUAA